UCGGGCUGCCAGGCUUAGUAGUCGCCGGAGGUUGCAGGCUGAACCAUUACUAGAUGGGGGAGAGCAGACAGUCGUUUGUAGCUGGGCUGUGGCUUCCUGGGGGUCGCUUGCCGGGGUUCCUCUUCCCAGGAGCAGAAUUUGGCAGGGCCCAGGGCAGGGCGCACCGUCCUGUAAGAUCAGAAUGACGAGACAGGGCCGGGCUCUUCCCCCUCGGGGCUGUUGCCACACUUCCUGCCUCGGCUCUCUUUCCCUAGCCUGUUUCUAAGGAAGGGAGUGGGGUUGGGCGACCGCGCCCCAGCUAUCCCGCCCCGUCGGCUCCCCAAGAGCUGACAGGGUAUCGGGCGAGCCCAGGGUGACUAAGGGAGGGCUUUGGGCUUGGGGUACAGGGUAUGCAGGUGCCUAGGGACCACCCACGAGGUACAGCCGCAUUCGCAAAGGCCCUUGUCUCUGGGAUCCUCCGAGUCAUCUUCUCAGGCAGAUCUCAGAUACCCUACUGUCAUUGUCCGCCCUUAAAGCUCGGAAGCUGUGCCCUGACCCUUCUAACUCUCCAUCAGGAUUCUGCAAGUAGCCAAGUGACCCCAGCCUUUGGUAGACAUGUUCCCAUCCUCCACCUCUUCCACCUCAGUGUACUGAGGACCCUUGCUCACCUCUGCAUAUCUACACUGCCCUCCCCACAAUCCCUUCUCACUUAUAGGAGACUCCUCAGACUCAUCUAUGUCCUCUAGGACCCCUACUCAUUUCCUGCACUCUAUGUACCUGAGCCUCGCUGCCUUACUCCUUUCUCCCACCUGUGACAAUUCCAGUCCUUCAAGCCCUUCGUACCUGGGACCUCCAGUUAAUCCCUGGGUCAAAUGUUAACAAAUUCUCCCCGAUUUGUCCCUUCCCUGCUUGCUGGGGUCUUCUAGUGUAUUGUCAGUUCUCAAGCCACAGGUACCCUGGGUCCCUCGAGACUUUUCCGGGUAUAUCCCGAGGCACCCCUACCUCACCUGCUGAGUACCAAGCUCUCAUAUUCACCUAGGUGGACUCCCGCAGUCCUAACCCUGUGUGCCUCACUCCCUCAACAUCCCUUGGCUUGAAUGGCUCCAUCUCUGCAGCCCCUCCCCCUGCAGCCGCGCAGAGCCACCCGGCUCGUGGCCGCUGUUUACAAGGACACGCGCUUCCUGACAGUGACGCGAGCCGCCUCCUCCCCUUCCCCACGCUCUAGGAGGGGGCCGCGGGGGCCCGGCUCCCGCGUCGGCCAAUCAGGGCGCACUUCCGCAGCUGACAAAUUCAGUAUAAAAGCUUGGGGCUGGGGCAGCGCGGUGGGGACCUUGAGGGUGGCCGGGCCGGCUUUGGAUCCUGCUGGGAGCGGGUAACUGAAGGAAGCGACGCCGACGCCGAGAAAGCGGGCGCACCACGGAGGGAGAGACGAGGUCCGGAAGCCCGGCAGCGCUUUUACGCACAGCUGCCAACUGGCCGCUGCCGACCGUCUCCGGUUCCCGAGGACGCGCGACCGGACACCGGGUCCCGCCGCCGCAGCCGAGGACAGCCCGCCGCUCGCCGCAGCGAGGCCCAGGGCGGCCCUUCAGGGGGACCUCUCCCAGACCGCCCGGAUGUGCACGAAAAUGGAACAGCCUUUCUAUCACGACGACUCAUACACAGCGGCGGGAUACGGUCGGACCCCUGGCAGUCUGUCUCUCCACGACUACAAACUCCUGAAACCCACCUUGGCGCUCAACCUGACGGAUCCCUAUCGGGGUCUCAAGGGCCCUGGAGCGCGCGGCCCAGGCCCAGAGGGCAGUGGGGCAGGCAGCUACUUUUCGGGUCAGGGAUCAGACACAGGCGCGUCUCUGAAGCUCGCCUCCACGGAACUGGAGCGUUUGAUCGUCCCCAACAGCAACGGCGUGAUCACGACGACGCCCACGCCUCCGGGACAGUACUUUUACCCCCGUGGGGGCGGCAGCAGUGGAGGCACAGGAGGCGGCGUCACCGAGGAGCAGGAGGGCUUCGCGGACGGCUUUGUCAAAGCCCUGGACGACCUGCACAAGAUGAACCACGUGACGCCCCCCAACGUGUCCCUGGGCGCCAGCGGGGGUCCCCAGGCCGGGCCAGGGGGCGUCUACGCUGGUCCAGAGCCGCCUCCCGUCUACACCAACCUCAGCAGUUACUCCCCAGCCUCUGCGCCCUCCGGAGGCGCCGGGGCCGCGGUUGGGACUGGGAGCUCGUACCCGACGGCCACCAUCAGCUACCUCCCACAUGCACCACCCUUCGCGGGCGGCCACCCGGCGCAGCUGGGCUUGGGUCGCGGCGCCUCCGCCUUCAAAGAGGAACCGCAGACCGUACCGGAGGCACGCAGCCGCGACGCCACGCCGCCGGUGUCCCCCAUCAACAUGGAAGACCAGGAGCGCAUCAAAGUGGAGCGCAAGCGGCUGCGGAACAGGCUGGCGGCCACCAAGUGCCGGAAGCGGAAGCUGGAGCGCAUCGCGCGCCUGGAGGACAAGGUGAAGACACUCAAGGCUGAGAACGCGGGGCUGUCGAGCACCGCGGGCCUCCUACGGGAGCAAGUGGCCCAGCUCAAGCAGAAGGUCAUGACCCACGUCAGCAACGGCUGCCAGCUGCUGCUCGGGGUCAAAGGACACGCCUUCUGAGCGCCCCCUCCUCCGUACGGACACCCCCAGCCGGGGAGGCUGGGCGCUCGCCCCCCGCCGGGGUGAGGGGGGCAGGCGAUGGGCACCCGGCCCGAGGCCCGGGGCGCCGCGGACACACUGGACUCUGGCUCGCCCGCCUGCGCCCAGUCCUUCCACACCUCGACGUUUACAUGGCUCCCCCUUCCAGCGUAUUUUGUAUGUUUUGUUGUUGUUUUUUUUUUCUGGGAAGAGACCGAAUUCAUAUUGAAUAUAAUAUAUUUGUGUAUUUAACAGGGAGGGCGAAGGGGGCUGUCGCGGCGGAGCUGGCCCCGCCGCCUGGUACUCAGCCUGCCGGGACACUAGGGAGGGACCGCCGCCCCCUGCCCUCCCCCUCUGCACAGUACUGUGGAGAAGAAACACGCACUUCGUGUCUAGAGUCUAUUUUGAGAUGUGUUCGUGUGUGUGUUUGACUUUUUAUUGAAUCUAUUUAAGUAAAAAAAAAUUGUCUUUAUUAA